GCAUCGUUAACCGAGCAUUGAAUAGGGGAGGGUGGGGAUCUUAUGCUCGGAGUCGAGACAGCUGAUGAGGAAUCGGAAAGCAGUCGCGAGCGAUAGCAGACGAUGCAGCGGGCGGCGAGAGGAGUAGGCACCUACAUGUAUACAACGACAAACUUUCAUGCAAUUGACAAGCGCUAAUAGUAAUAUCUAGCUCCACUCAAUUUAAGUUUACAGGUGUUUUUCUAGUCGAUUAUCAUCAUGGAGGGAGAAGAAAUCGUAACACCGAUGGACGGUCAGCAGGGAUUUGUUGCCGUAGAUAUUGUGGUGUUAGUGGUUUACUUUGUGCUUGUCCUCGCUGUUGGUUUGGGAUCAAUGUGUCGAUCCAACCGGGGGAGCACCGAGGGAUAUUUCUUAGCUGGAGGAGCAAUGCUAUGGUUUCCUGUGGGGGCUUCUUUGUUCGCUAGUAACAUUGGUAGUGAGCACUUCAUAGGCCUAGCAGGAUCAGGGGCAUCAUCAGGCAUUGGUGUCGGUGCCUUUGAACUCAAUGCCAUUAUCUUGCUUCAAGUGAUGGGAUGGGUGUUCCUCCCUGUGUACCUUGCUGCCGGUAUCUACACCAUGCCUGAGUAUCUGCAGAAGAGAUUUGGAGGAAGGAGGAUCAGAAUGUACAUCGCUGUUGUCUCGCUCAUCUUAUACAUCUUCACCAAGAUAUCAGUUGAUCUGUACUCUGGAGCUUUGUUCAUCCAGCAAGCACUUGGUUGGAAUCUGUAUGUAUCCAUCUUCUCCCUACUGGCUAUCACAGCAUUGUACACGGUGACAGGUGGACUGGCUGCCGUCAUCUUUACAGACACCUUACAGGCCAUGAUCAUGUUGAUAGGAGCACUCUGGCUCUGCAUUGAAAGUUUCAAAGCCAUCGGUGGUUAUCAAAAUUUGGAGCCCUUGUAUGCCCAAGCCAUCGCCAACGAGACGUACUACUCCAACAGCUCCUGUGGUCUCCCCAGGGAUGAUUACUUUAAUCUCUUCCGUCAUCCUGUGAACUCUGACCUCCCGUGGCCUGGGUUCAUCUUUGGGCAGACUGCUGCAUCCCUCUGGUACUGGGCAACAGAUCAGGUAAUUGUUCAGAGAGCUCUGUCAGCUAAGAACCUGUCUCAUGGACAAGGGGGAACGCUCUUUGCUGGGCUCUGUAAAAUCACACCUCUCUUCUUUAUUGUUAUGCCUGGCAUGAUUGCACGCAUACUAUUCCCAGAUAUUGUGGCCUGCACCGAUAAUUGUGAGGAGAUCUGUGGCUCUAAAGACGGCUGUUCCAACCUCGCCUACCCUCUUCUUGUCAUGAAUGUACUCCCUAAAGGACAGAGAUGUUGAAGCAAGCUGGUCGCAAGGAAAUUACAUAUAUAAAAUAUAUAUCAUGGGCCAUAUGGAGGAGCUUAUCAUCUGUGACAUCACAAAAGCAACACCUUACAAAUUCAGAACUUCAUUUUUCUUUGACUGAUUUUCAUCAACCUUCACCAAUAUUAAUAUUUUUUUAAAUAUAAACACCAACUUGUAAUCAGGGUGAACAUUCACUUUAUAUAGAUACCUUGCAGGAUGCAGAGGUCAGCAGUAUUCUGAGGGUUAAGAAUAUAUUGGCAUUGAUUUGGCAGACUCAUAACCAUAUGAUAAGGGCUACAUGUAUGUCUGUUUUGGAGGCUUUGAAUCAGACUAAAAAUCUUGGACUUGUAAUUUUUGUCUUUCCUCAUUUUUUUUUAAAAGAAGAGAACUUUCAAAAAAAUUGUUCAAGGCGAGACUCGAACCUGCGUCAAUGAUCUUGCCUGCAGUGAACUCACUAUAGCGCAUCGAUUUCCCGAUUGCACCACACCGGACGAGCUGAUCAAUGCGUUGGAAAUAAUGGUAUAUUCUGUUCCAUGAAUAUACAUGAGGUGUAGUCUGACGAAAUAGACCCUAUUGGGUACUGAGUCUACCCAAUCGAUGCCAAUACAGUUUUGACCUAUUCUGAGCCAGUAUCCAGUUUUUUAUCAUGGGGGAUUUCAUGAAACAAAUACUUGGUAAUUUUUAAUUGAGAGCUAUAAGAGCUAAUUGAAAUUCUUGUAUCUGACUGGCUUAGAACAAAUUAGUCAGCCAAAAUCAACAUUUGAUUCACAAAAGUAACACUCCCCUGAUCAAUAUCCUGUUUGUUGGCUAUUUGAAUGCCACAAUAGAUCUUCAAUCAAGUUAUUGCAGUUACAGGGAUUCCUUUAAUACCAUUUUCUUAAUAAUUAGUGCACCUUUUGAUUGCGUGAAAUAUUAUUUUUUUAGUUCUGUGACUUACAUUUUAACCAAUCCUUUUGCAAAGUCUAACAUGCAUGUAUUAUAUGUAUUGAUGGAAGAUGUACAUAAGCUUUUGGUUUGGUAGUAAGAACUGUUAAAUUUGAUAUAAAAUUUACUGGGAGUUUUUGUUGUUGUCCUGUCUCUAUCUGAAAUCAAGUUUCACAAAAUAGAUUGAUACUUAUUUAAAGUUCUACUCUAAAUUUAGAAAAUUUGUAUGAUUUUAUUUUUUAAGGGCAUAACAUCUAAUUCAUUGGAGAACAGGCUGUCAAAUUUACUUUGGUUUCUGGGAAGGAUUUUUUCUUCAUUUUAAAUGAAGAUUGAGAAGCACAUUGUUUAUUUUCUGUAUUUAAGGAAAUUCCUAUUCAUCUGUUCUUAUUAUUUACAUCAAUUUGUAAUGCGCUUAUGAAGUUGUACAUGUAGUUCAUUUUGAACUCUGCUUCCUUUUCCUUUUCAACUAACCACUUGAUUUUGUUACAGUUUGUUUAAUGUAGUUGUGAGUUAUUUUACUUUGAGCAUAUAUCCCUUUAUACUUACAUGUUCCUUUCUAAAAUAUAAAUGAAAUUAUAUCUUAUUUUAUCUCAUUUACAUGUUAAUAUAUUUUCUUCAAUAAUUUAGACAAAUUAUUGUUUUUCUUGCCCUAUUACUUUUAAUUCAAUCUUUCUUUAUAUUCUCUUUCAUAUAUAUUUUCUUAAAUUAUCUGAAAUAUCAACUUUAAAAUCUAGAAGUUUAAUGUUAGUGGAUGUACAAUGUUUUGUUACUAAAGAAUGGAAAAUUGAUGAUUUGAUGAUGGAAGAGAAAUUGAUAAAAAUGCAGCAAAUGUGAGAUCAAAUAAUGAUUAUUAGAGCUUUGCAUUAAAAACAUUAAAUGCGUCUUGUGAAUGCAUUCUUUGAAGUUUCUUGUUGGAAUCUGAACUAGGACUUCUCUCUGCAGUGCAAUUUGAGAUAUGAAAGCAUUUGAAACAAAUUUUAUGAUUUUUGUGUAGAAUAGAAUGCAGAGUUUGUUCCCCGUUGCAUGCAUAUUUUUAAAAGAAACACAGUAGAAUUGCCAACCCAUAUCUUGUGGUAAAUUUGCUUUUAAAACCACAAGAGUUUCCUGUCAUUACCAUAUGCUCCUGUGGCAAGUCCCUUCAAUCAAAGAUUGCCAUGAUACUGUGGUUUAACUUCUGGGGCCCGUUUCGUAAAGGACUUGCAACUGUUGUAAGUGCAAUCAAAAUCAAGGUUACCAUGGUAGUUGCCAUAAUGGCAAAGUUUCAACAGUUGAAAGUCCUUUAUGAAACAGGCCCCUUGACCCUGUAACAUAAAGCUUAACGAUUGAUACUCAGGCUGAUUUUUAUGAUUGAUCAUACACAAUAAUCAAUUCAGUCAGUCAUAUCAAUUUUUGAUCAGUUUUUGCCCUUUUUUCUUUUGUAUUGGUGUAUACUUUAUUUAUUUGUAUGUUAUGUUCGGGGGCUAGCCUUGAUAGGCCUUCGGCCUUUGCUGGUCCCCUGCAUCCUGUACAUGUAUGUUGUGCUUUCAUUUGUUGUAAUUGUUAUCUCUAAAAUUGUAUUUUGCUUUUUUAUCCCUUGCCUCUUUAUAAUACUUUUAAAUAUUGUUUUAUCAUGUUAAAUGUAUGAUUUUAUCUUGGAUGCAAAUAAAAGGCCAUAUCAGCCAAUCAAUC